AUGGCUGCUCCAUUUCUCCUCGUCGCGUUCGGCUAUGGUGCUCUUGCCGUCCUCCUACUCAAGCUCCUACAAUUUCUAUACGCUGUAAUCUACGUUUACAGCUUGGCUGUUCCAAAGAAUCUCAAAAAGAUGGCUGGUGCUGAAUGGGCCGUAGUAACCGGCUCAACCGACGGAAUUGGCAAAGGCUACGCCGUGGAACUGGCUCGAAGAGGUUUCAAGAUUGUUCUGGUUUCAAGAAACCCGCAAAAAUUGGAAGCGGUUGCAGAGGAAAUCCGCUCUGAGACCGGAGUUGAAGUCAAGUGCGUCUCCUUCGACUUCACCAGCACCAAUUUGGCCGAAUACGAGAGCAAACUGUUCAGUCAGAUCGAAGGUUUGCCAAUUGGUGUCCUUGUGAACAACGUAGGGCUUUCUCAUCAUUUCCCGGACGAGUUUACCGAGAUGUAUGGCGGAGAAGAGCGUCAUCGCGAUGUCCUCAAUGUCAAUACUUUGCCCGUGACUCUUCUAUGCCACAGAAUUCUGAAGCAAAUGAAGCAACGUCGCUCUGGCGUCGUGGUAAACUUGAGCUCGUCAAUCUGCUUCGCCAACGCCGCUUAUUGGGGAGUCUACUCCGCGUCUAAGGUAAGGAAUCUUCGGAUGUUUUAUAGACAUACAUAACUACCGAUUUUCAAAGCCAACGGCUUCAGGCUCAAUUCUAAUACAUUUCUUUUCAGAAAUACGUUGUUCAGUUGACCACAAUCCUUCGCAAAGAAUACUCCAGAUACGGAAUCACGGUCCAAUGCGUCUCCCCGAUGAUGGUAUCCACCAACAUGAGCAAGGUCCGCAAACCAACCUACUUCUGUCCGUCUGCGGCGGAGUACGCGAAGCAGGCAGUCGAUUCCAUCGGCCAUAUCCACGAAACCACCGGCUAUCAAAGCCACGAAUUGCAGGCCUACGGACUCUUCCAAUUGAUGCCAGAAAUGCUGUUCGAUUUAUAUUGGGACAACUUGUCACUGACCGUGCGCGAUAUGGCGAGAAGGAAAUUGGCAAAGACUCAUUAA